UUGAAACAUGUACAUCGACGGUUUCCUUUACUACAASUCGGACACAAUCCACUUUUCACCCUCCGAAAGUAAGACACCGAUCAUGGGUGUUCCGUAAUACGUCGCAAGGAUUGCCAAAACGACCGUGGUAGUGAUCCGGUUCAURUUCGUCAUUUUCCCCCUUGCGCCGGGUGCAUCCUUUGCCAGUUUCUCUGUGUGCAGGGCCGCCUUGCCGACGGGAGCAACGGUAAAACCAUCCCCCUUGACGCAUGGUAUCAUGUCACCGACAAGGGUCUGCCCCGGGAUCCGAACCCUUCCCUUUCCAGCUUCUCGCAUAGCAAGCUCGGCCAGAGACAGAUUGUUUUCUACAUAGGGAUAUGCAAAUGACUCGGCCAAAGGAAUAUCGACGAAUCGGUCUUGUUUGAUGAUCGGGACUCGCACGGAGUACUCUCCAAACAURUAUUUUUUCAUAGCCUUUGUCUUCGCCAAGUUUUCACGGAGGAUUCGUGUCUCCAUCACGGCUUCGGUAGUCGCUAGUUUUUGCUUGAGUUUCUCGGCCUGUUCUCGUCUACGACGCUCUUCGUCGGUCUCGGGUUUGAUCAGGCUAAAGUAGUAUAGGUCCAACAGUUUCAUCCAGGGCCCAAAAAUAGUCCACGCGAAAAUCCGAGACCCCCACUUGAUGCACCAGGCCCAUGGGAYGAACAAACACAGAAUGGACAUCACGAGGCUGCCCGUUGUGAUCCAAAACGAAAAAUACGCCUCCUGCCACGUGAAAACGUGUUUCAGAACACGCACGCCUUUGACAACAAUUCCGAGCGUGAUCUGGAUUGGGAAUAAGGCCGCCCGCAUGGGAUCGAUCGCGAGUCCCCCCUCCCCGACCUUUGUGCCAAGUUCCGUGUCCGCCUCUCCGAUUUCUGCCAGUUCCCUUUGCCGCUCCUUUUCGGCCUCGGUUGCUGCUUCGGCUAGCUCCUCGGCCCGCUUCUCUGAAUCCUCCACCCGCUUUACCCAUUCUUCUUCUUCCUCCCGUGCCUUAUCAAAAUUCUCGAAUGGUUGGAUCCGGUGGGGCUCUACAUGGUCGUCUCCCAGUAACAGCAUGUUCAGGAUUUGAAAGUACGAAUGGCAACGGACCCAUACGUUUUCGGAACUCAUUCGCCAUCCACCGACAGCAAUGAGCAACCACGCAAGAGUUCCAAAGCAAUAGGACGGAAAGAGCGUUGGAUUUUCCACCAAGACAAUAGCAAGGACAAACGCUAUUG